CCUUUAACUUCAUUGCAGCUGGUCGAAAAAAAAAACAGAAGAAAUACUAUUGAAAUCUACAAUUUCUGCAGUAGAUACGCAUUUAUUUGUGCCUGAUGAUUCCGGAUUAAGUUCAAGCCUUUUUAAUAGAAAAUUGUCCUGGAUAAUGACAAAACCUGGUUUCGAGUUUCAGUUUCCCAAAAGACAAAAAUGGACGUAAAUUUUUUUUAGAUGUACUUUUGUCAAAUCUUGCCAAACAACGAAAAGGCUAUUCUGAUUUCUUAAAAAGAUUACGAAAGAAUAACCUGUUAAUUUGGAAUUUCAAAUUUUAUUACAAAAAGAGACUAAGCAUUGGCACGAUGCUAUUGAAACAAUUAUCUAUGCCAUUCAGUUUUUAGCCAAACAAAACAGCUCUCCGUGGUUCCAGUAACAAAUUAUUCGAAAGAAAUAAAAAAAUUUUAAAGUGUAUAAAAAUGAUCACAAAAUUUGGCCCUAUCCUGUCUGUAUAGAUUAAUAAAAUUCAAACUAAAAAAAAAAAAAAAAAAAAAAUGUUACCUUGGAGAUAAAAUUUAAAAUAAAAGUUAGCUUAUUAGGGAAUAAUAUAAAACAAAUUAUUUUAGAUAAGGUCAAACAUGCAAAGCAUUUUUCUAUUUUACUUGAUUGUACCCCUGAUGCCAGCCAUCAAGAGCAGAUAUGAAUUUGUAUGAGUUAUCUUAAUUUAGAAAAUGCAGACAUGAGUAUUCAAGAAAGGUUUUUAUUACGGAUACUACCGGUGGAGGAUGAACAACAUUCUUAUAAAAGACUUGAAGAAUGAAAAUGGUUCAGAUAUUAGUAAUUUACAUGGCCAGGAAUACAACAAUGGUUCAAAUAUAAGAGAGACUUGGAACACCAUUAAAAAUGAAUCCCAAAAUAUUGUGCGAAAUAAUGUUACAACUUCAGAACAAUCAAAACUUCAAAAGGAUUUAAAUAUAGUUCCAAGUAAUGGUACAAGUUUAGAACAAUCAAAACUUCAAAAGGAUUUAAACAUAGUUCAAAAUAAUGGUACAAGUCUAGAACAAUCCAGACUUCAGAAAGAUUCGGACUAUCAGUUUCUUAUGUCUCUGCUACCAGAAUUAAAGCGUCUACCAGAAGAUCAAAAACUGUGCUUGAAACAUGAUAUAAGGAAUCUUUUCACGUCUAGACAGACAGCUACUAAAAAGCAAGAACAGAACAAGAAAAGAAAAAAUAUUUAUCGUGAUUGUGGUGUUUUGCCUUUAUCCACUGACUGGAAGUUAUAAAACAGAUGCUGGAAAGUGAGAACGUAGGUGCUUUCUGAUUAUCUGCACCCUUGAUUUCAACAUUCAUUAGAAUUGCUGCAUUUUUGGUGUAUUUUUGAAUGUAGAUACAACAAGUAGCCCAUGCAUACACAUAUCACACAUGUUAUAGGUUUUUGUUUUCUCAUAAAAUUACUUACAAAAUACUUCAUUUUAUUAUUAUCUAACUAUCCUAUUCUAACUAUUGCUAUUCUGUCAUUAUUUAACAGAAUAGGAGCUAUGAGCCAUGAGAUAGCCAAGCAAAUAUUUUUCUGCAGUUCACAAAUUCCUCAACUCAUUGAUGAUUUUCAGUGCGGGUGUAGAUAGUCAAAGUAACUGAAAAAAUGAUGAAAAUUAAGAAGCAUGAAUUUAAGAGAAAACUGCUUGCAGUUCUGUAUCUUCCUGAAAUAAUUUCUGUAUUUUUUACUAUUUGUGUAUACAUAAUGACAUUUAAUAUUGUUGUGUGUGUGUGCAUGUUCCUUUAAAUGUAUCAUAAUAUAUUUCUGACUUCAGGUAAAUGUUAAAUUGAGCCCAAAUAUUCUUUUUCUAAGAGGGAAUAGUUUUCUGGAUUCCUUGGCUUAUGAAGAUCAACUGUUUAUUUGAAAGGUACAAGAGAUUUAAAUAUUCUUUUUUUUAGUAACAAUGAAAAUUACAUAAGACAUUUUAUUAAAGAUAUUAGUCAACUUGAUUGGUUUCCCAAAUAUUUUUAAAUUGUGGCCUCUGAAUCCAGCAAAUAAUAUUUCUAGCCAAAGUGUGAUAUUUAAAUUCUGUACCAGGUACAUAAGAUAUAACUUAAAUAAGCUAUAAUAGACUAUAUAAUAAAUAUCUUUUAUUAAUUAAGAGUAAUGCAGAUAUUCAUGAAGAUGUAUUCUACAUUGCAUCAGUGAGACAUAUUAUUAAGAAAUAAAUUUAAAUUAAUAAAAAUUGCAUUUAUUGCCUUUAAAUUGUUUAGUCUUUUUUGAAUUAAUUGCACAUUACUCUGCUCACUGAAAUUUUGUGCUAUUCAAUUUUUGCAUAUAUUUGAAUAUGUUUAAAAGAAGAAAAAUCCAGAACUAAAGGUGGAACAAUUUCUAUGCUUUUGACCAGCAUUACAUUAAAAUUUUUAUGGACUCAUUCUCAUACCCCCCUCAAAAAACUAAUAUACAAAGAAAAGAUCCAUGCAGUAUCUCUUUAAAUUUGUACUGUAUAUAUUGCGACAGAGUUAUCCUUAUGUCACUUUGUUUUACAAAAGACCUAGAUUAGUAUUUGCAGAGAUACUAACUAUUAGAAAUUUUCCGUAAUAAUUACCAAUUUCUGCAAUUGUUAUAGAAUUACAGAUAUGACAAAAAUUACUAGAGACAAUGCCAAGUUUGAACUGCUGAACUGCUCUGUGUGAGUGAAUAUUAUGAAUGAUCAGCACCUAUGAUUAUACUGAUAUAUAUAUCAGUAUAAUCAUAGGUGCUGACUUUUUUAGUCAUAGAUAUCAUGACAACUGCCAGCAGCAUGUAAAAUCUGAUAAUUACCAAGACUACAUGAAAAUAAAAUCUACUGAAAGGCAGUCAAUCAUCAUUUUUAUAAAAAAAAGUCAUAAUUCUUUUAUAGGUAUAGAGUUUUAUUCAUAUAAUUUUUUUGGAACAUGAUAUUCCAUUUGCAUAUGCUGACCAUAUGAAUUCUUUGUUUUUAUCAAUGUUUCCUAAUUGUGCCAUGGCCAAACAACACUGUAUGCAGAUGGAUUAAAGUAACCUCUGUGGUUAA